UGAGCUCAGAGGAAGUGCCUGUUAAAGGGGUCGCGCACAUUCUCAGCAGCCGAGCCAAAAUCCAAUGCUGAGUUUGAAAUUUUUUUCUUUUGCAUUGGCUGAGAGGAGAAAAACUCGCACAAAAAUAUUUACUUUUCUUGUAAAGUUAGAAAAAUAUCUAUUAUUCUUGUGAAGGAAGUUUAAAGGGAAUGCGCCGUUGGAAUGGUCUUUAACCCUUGCACUUCGCAGCGUUGUUGAACCAGUGCAGCCCAGCCGGGUCAGAGGUCAAUAAGAUGGCGGUGCUCAUCUCCUUGGUCAGAGCCUAUGCUCAAAGCGGAUUUUUGGCUUUUCCACAGCCGGCAUUUAUUACGUUGAGAUAUGCAUCCAAAAAGGCAGGAGGCAGUUCCAAAAAUCUGGGUGGCAAGAGCCCAGGUCAACGUUACGGAUGGAAGAAGGCAGAUGGGGAUUUUGUUCAUACUGGAAACAUUCUGGCAACUCAGCGCCUGAUUCGAUGGCAUCCAGGAGCCAAUGUAGCAAUAGGUCGGAACAAGACUCUCGUUGCUCUUGAGGAUGGCAUUGUCCGUUAUACUAAGGAGAUCUACAUCACACCACCCCGCAGCUUGGAGACUAUGAAAGUGAUCUCUCGCCUCCCAAAGGGGGCAGUUCUUUACAAGACAUUUAUCAAUGUGAUCCCCAACAGGCAGGAAGGUUGCUUUAAGCUGGUGGAUAUGCUUUGAUCCUGUGGAAUGGUUUUCUUGUAUAACAGAUUGUUGGCCAUUAAAUGACCAAUGAACUCC